GGGACCACAACUCCCAGAGUGCCCCGCGCCGUCGCCGCUGCUGCUCUCGAGACCAACAUGGCCGCUCGUCUCUCCACCUUCCUCAAGAAUACGUGGGGCAAGGAGCCCGUGCUGGUGGCGUCCUUCACCAUCGCGGGUCUUGCUAUACUUCUGCCCAUAUUCAGCCCUUAUAGCAAGUAUGCCAUCAUGAUCAACCAGGCCACACCCUACAACUACCCAGUGCCCCUCCGAGAUAAUGGGAACCUGCCUGACGUGCCCAGUCACCCCCAGGACCCCCAGGGCCCCAGCCUGGACUGGCUGAAGAAUCUGUGAACACUUCAGAUGGAGGAGGCCCUCCACCCUGUGUCCCAAUAAAACUGUGAAUACAAACCCCAAAA